GAUGACAUUGGUCGUCUGAUCGAAGCCUUUGAGAUCGCCCUGUCAAGCAGCCAGGGCCAUGAGUCUCAGGGCAGAGGAUCGUCAGGUGCUCGGUCGACUGACGAGGAUGGUCCUUCCAUCGGCAGUGAUGACGAGCACGCGUUCUGCGCGCAGCAUGGCCAAGUCAGUCGGACGACGGCAGGCAAGCAAGAUGAGUCGUCACGCACUGUCGAUGUAGCCCUGCAAAGAGCUCAUUCGACCCGACGCUGGCCGGCCAAAGCAACGACGACACGCGCGCGCAGAAAUUUUGCUGGACUUGCCCCCGACAGAGAUGCAGAGUGAUCCGCUGAUCUGGCAGAUCAUCAACAACCAGCACUGCAGCUACAAGGUCAAGACAGUCAAGCAGAACUUCUGCCGAAAUCAGUACAAUGUCACCGGUCUGUGCAACCGACAGAGCUGUCCGCUCGCCAACUCUCGCUAUGCGACCAUCAGAGAGCAAGAAGGAGCUGUGUACCUGUUCAUGAAGACGAUAGAAAGAGCUCAUACGCCAAAGCAUAUGUGGGAGAAGGUCCGGCUGUCGAGCGACUAUGCGAAAGCACUCGAACAGAUUGACAAGAAUCUGGUAUACUGGCCGAGUUUUACAAUUCACAAGUGCAAGCAACGACUGACAAAGAUCACACAAUAUCUCAUCAAGAUGCGCAAGCUUCGCCUCCGAGAGACGGGCAAAAUGGUGUCGAUCAAGCCCAAGCUCGAGAAGCGCGAGAGAGCUCGAGAGACAAAGGCACUGACAGCUGCGCGACUCGAGAAAUCACUCGAGAAGGAGCUUGUCAGCCGGUUGAAGUCUCGUGCCUACGGCGACGCUCCUCUCAAUGUCAACGAAGAAGUCUGGGCUCGCGUGCUCGAAGCCGAGCGAUUAGGCGAGAAGGGCGACCAGGAUCUCCUUGAGAUGGAAGACGACAUCACAGACGAGGAGGACGAAGCGUUGUACGAGGACGAGGAGGAAGACGAGGAAGAGGCAAGAAGAGAAUUUGUAUCUGACCUCGAAGAAAGUGACGAGGAGGAUCUCGAGGACGAUCUUGGCAGUAUGGCAUCUUUCGAUGACGAUGAGGCGAGCGUAUCGAUUGACGACGACGACGAUGAUGAUGACGACGAAGAAGCCACACCGAAAGCCAAGGGCAAGCGGAAACAACCUCCGCCAUCUGCUCGCGUCCGUCCGACAAAGCGGGGCCCACGACUGGAAGUCGAAUACGAGCAAGAGACAGAGUCUCUUGCACGCGAGAGGCUCGUCGCUCGAUAGUGACCUGUACACUGUCCCCU